AUGGCAGCUAUCCUGUCGACUUCGGCGUUGAGGCGGAGGCUAAGAACGGCCAUCGACAGCGAUUCUUCUGGGAGGUGGCUGUGGAGCUGGAGCGGUUCGAGUCAGGCAGAAGAAACGGUCGAGAAGACGGUUGUUCUGCUUUCAUGGGAAGAAUUGCCUGAGUGGCAGCAAUGCGGGAGUGAUCAUAUCAAGACCGGGUACCGAAAAGCGUGUAACUCAGUGUCAGGCUGCUUCGCUAGUUGGACUUGUGUACACAACGAGUCCGUGAACAUCUAUUCCCACGCGAUUGGGGCCAUCAUCUUCAUUCUGCUACCAUUCUACAUCUUUGGUGAUGGUAUACCGGCCAGAUGGAGUAUCGCCUCAGCCGCAGAUGUGGCCGUCUGCGCCAUCUAUGCUCUCGGCGUGACCAUCUGUUUCGUUCUGUCCACGGCCUUCCACACCCUCAUGUCCCACAGCGAAGUCGUCUACCUCUCAGGCAUCAAGGCCGACUUCCACGGCGUCCUCGCUCUGAUGUGGUCCUCCGUCUUCCCGCUCGCGCACUACAUCUUCCCCUGCCGCCCUGCCACGCGGGACGCCUACGUCGCGCUGACGGGCCUGCUGGCGGCUCUCUGCGCCGCUGCGACGUCGAGGCCAGACCUGGGCGCUGUGGACCUGGGCCACCACCGCGCGGCGCUUUUUGCGGCCUUUGGGCUCGCGGCGUUCGUCCUGCCCAUCGGGCAAGGGAUGUUGGUGGAUGGCGUCGAGGAGGUGUGGGCGAGGGUUGGUGGAUGGUGGGUUUUGGGGACGGCCGGGUGUAAUUGUGUUGCCGUGUUCGUGUAUUGGGCCAAGUUUCCAGAGAAAUGGUUCCCGAGGACGUUCGACCUCCUGGGGGCCAGCCAUCAGUUGAUGCACAUAUUUGUUUUGGCUGCUGCUCUUUCAUAUGCAAAGGCGGUGGCCGUGGGUUUUGACUAUAGACAUGCGCAGGGGCUCGUGUGCUGA